AUGGCAAAGACAAAAACAAAGUCCUCAAAAAAGACCCGUCGGAAAGAUGCUCCAGCUUCCCUUGCCUCUGUUCUCCAGAAUAUCGCAAAGCACCAAGAAUCCUCGACAAACAAUAUCGAUGCUUUGAUCUCAAAAGCUUCAUCAGAACUAACUGAAGAAUCAGACCCUCAAAAGGCUCUUAAAACUAUUACAUCAGCUCUUUCUAAGAACCCUACAUCUCUAAAGGCAUUGGAGCUAGCCGGGGAGAUCAAUAUCGAGCUUGAAGAUGGCGAAACCGCUAUACGGUGUUUUAAAACCGCCGCAGAAUUGGAUCCCGAAGGCGAGGGAAGCGGUGCUGAGAAGUUUUUGUGGUUAGCGCAGAUUUGUCUGGAAGGUGGAGAAGUUGCGAUCGGGUGGUAUGAAAAGGCAGUGGAGUAUUUGAGAAAAGUAGUCGCAGCAGCUGGAAAUAGUCAAGAUGGAGAAGAGAAGGACAAGUUAUGUUCUGCAUUAUGUGGUAUGGCAGAGAUUUACAUGACGGAUCUAUGCAUGAAACCCGACGCCGAAUCACGCUGCGAAACAUUCAUCACCGAAGCCCUACUGGUCAGCCCGUCAUCACCAGAAGCUCUAUCAACUCUCGCCUCGAUUAGAAUCUCACAAUCAAAACCCGAGGAUGCACGAGCAGCCCUUGCUCGAUCUUUGGAAGUCUGGAAUGGCUUGGAACUAGGCGACGAUAAAAUCCCCGCCUACCCAUUCAGACUCAGUUUUACAAGACUUCUGAUCGAGUGUGAGAUGUACGAAGAAGCAAUGGAUGUUCUUGAGGGAUUACAGCAGGAAGACGACCAGAUGGUCGAUUUGUGGUAUAUUGGUGGAUGGUGUCUAUUUUUGAUCGGCUCAAAGCUCAAAGAGAACCAAGGAAAAUUACAAGUUGCAGAUGGAGAAGACGUUGAAGACUGGAAAGACACCCUAGCAGCGGCGAGGGAAUGGCUAUGGAAUUGUGAGAAGCUGUAUAAGGCAUUCGAGUGGGAGGACGAGGGUAUCAAAGACCAUGCGUCGGAGUUACUUGCCAACAUUGCCAAAGAGAUAGGGGAUGCAAAACCGGAAGACCGAGAGGAAGAGGAAGGGGAUGAGGAGGAGGGAGACGCGGAGUGGGAAGAUGAUGAUGAGGAUGAGGAGAUGAAGGAUUCGUAG